AGUAUCUGGCAGCACUCUCUACAGUUCAUAUUUAAGUUCUGACGGCUUAUCAAAUCCAACCGAUAUGCGUACAAGUUCUGUAAUUUUCGCCCAAUUUACGGCCAAGUUAAAGGAAUUGCGUAUAAUAUUAGAUCCAACAUGCAAAGCCUCUAAGGGAGCCAGGAAAUUCGUACAGCAAUUUUAUCCGAGUUUGAAAAAGAAUAAUCCAAACCUGACUAUUUUGGUAAGAGAGUGCGCCGGCGUGAAGCCAAAAUUGUGUGCUCGCUUUGAAAAAGGCAAGGAAAUUUCCAUCCCGAUAGCCAAUCAGACUAUUCCAGAUAUUCAGAAAACUUUGGAAGCGGUUGGUCGAUGAAAUGGAUUAAAGCUUUCAAUGUGUAGAAUAAUAUAAUGGCAGUUGUAGGAAAAUCAAAUUAGUAAAUGGCAAACAACGAUAAA